AAGGUAAGAAACAGCUGGAGAUGUUUUACUGUAGUACCUAUUUCAAGGGCAAGAGAUUAGAUCAAUUUUAAAUUUGUACAUCCCAAGUGCUUUGAUAAAACAACCAUCGAAUUUCAACGCUGAUAACAAUCACUAAAACAUCAACAGAGUAGGUACAAAAAUAGUUUGAAGAAAAUAACUCCAGAUGUAACAGGUACAUUCAAAGUUUAAGUAGCGAAGUUAUAGAAAGUAGAGCCUACAAAGUUAUAACUUCUUAUGAAACAUAUUAGAAGACAGGAAAGUUAAAAGCUUAGGUUUGCGUAUUCCCGUAGUUAUCACCAUGGAAAGCAAAACCCUACCUUUAGAAGAAAAUUUACACCAAGAAGAAAAUGCAUCUUCGACGAAACAGAGUUUUCGGAAACGUCCGGGGACCACAGACAAAGGCAAGAAGUACGAAAAUAUGAUAAUCGCCAACAUCGUACUUCGUAUGGUAAGCACCGAAACAGUAAAAAACUUCUACGUUUCGUCGGACGAUGCAAAUUUUGGAGACUUCGAUGAUGUAGUCAUUGAAGUGGAAACAGAUACGGGAAUCCAAUCAAUGGCCGUACAGUUGAAACACAGCAAUAAACCAGGAAAUUUAGUUACAACACGACUAGCAAGCGAAAAGGGAGACUUCAGCCUCCUUAAAUAUUUUAAAUCGUUCCAAGAGAUAAAGGAAAAACCACAACAAUUUAUUCUGUUCACGAACCUUAAAUUCCACACAUCUGAAGACACAAAAUUUCAACUAGACGGAAAAAAAAUUUACUUGAAACCUUAUAAAAUAGAAAUUCCUGAUGAUAGUUUCAAACUUUCUCAACAUAUAAACUACUGUUAUAAAUUUCGAAUUGUAGAAGACCAAGGAGAAGUUGAUUCAGAACUUCAACAGUUUAAGGAAUUUCUUGAAUGUUUUAGCCUUUACUCUAAUCAACAAAGUCUCGAAGCACUUGAAAAUUCAACAGCGAAUGAUUUCGUGAAGAUGUUCUGUUCGAAUCUAGAAACGUUCGAAAAAUAUCUGAAGAUUAUAUGUGAGUGGGACAUGCAAGAAGGAUCUAAAAACAAGUUAGAAAAGAAGAUGAUGCAAUGUGCAGUUGCACUUUGUGUGUUGUCUCCGUACAUCGAAAAUUUUACUUCUGGGGAAGUCAACGACAAAGGGAAAAUUCUUCGAGAAGCAAUUCGUCCAUUCGACAUUACGCUGUUGGAAAACGUGGAGUGCGAUAUGAAGAAAUGGUUGUGGUGCGACUUGGACAAGAAUAUUGACAUCAAAGAACUAAACAAACUGAGAUCAUUUUAUCGUCUUUCUCCUAAUUAUAUAUCUCGGGUAGACGAUGUAGACGGAAAUGUGUUGGCACAGUUGUUGUGGUUGAUCGAGAAACGUCCGCUAAUUGUAAAAGAGCACGAAAAUAUAGAAAAAGCCGUUCAACUUUGUCCUGAUGGAAAAUUCGUUUUGGUUGGUGAAGGAAAAUGGAAAGAAUGGAUGAGAGGUCGUUCCGUGUUCCAGAACCUGUUGGACUUGAAAUCCGAACAUAGUGUAUAUGAAAAAGUGAUGCAGAAUUUUACCGUUUCCUUGCAAGGGAAAGCAGAGCUUACUCUGACGGAGGCGUGUGGAGGAAAUGAAGAAUUUUCGAAGAAUAUUAGUGUAAAUAAUCUUUUAGAAAUGAUGGACAGCGCACGUCUCAUAGACGGGGUAAAAGAAGUUCUUCCUGAUUCUUAUAUUGAAAGGUAUUUGUCGUUAAAUGCGAUAGACAUUAAAUAUUUAGAACACGUUAGUCAUAAUACCGUCGUUAUUCUAAAUUGCGCAGACAGUUUGAACGAAAUACAAAAACUUGAAAAAAUUAAACUGACAAAGCUCGAUGAUUAUUUAAAUAACGCAGAAGAUACAACUUCCAAUGCUCCAAUAUUAAUUAUAAGUAAAAAUAAAUGUAGCGAAUGUGAAUUUCAGAUGAUAUGCUCUAAAACACCAGAGUCCAAGAUUGUGCAUUAUUUUAAAUUUCUUAAAAAUACACAUUUAGAAUGGGUGCGAAGCAGAGGCGAUGUCGGAGAAUUACAAAAUUAUAAAUUAUCUGAAUAUUAUAAAAAAGAAAAUGAGUUUUGGAAUUUUGACUUUAGCAACAGGAUUAGUUUAGUGUUAGCUGAUCCAGGGAUGGGUAAAACUGAACUAACAAAAAGCUUAAAAAAUAAGUGUUCUUCUAGCUACUGGACAGUAAUUAUUAGCCCUCAAGACGUUAAUUUAUUCUUUGAAGAGUUAAAAAAUCUUGGCAGAGCAGAUUACCUAAAUUUAUUCCGAACAUUCAUCUUAGAGAAAAAGUAUCACCACCUUAAAAAGCUCGAUACAGAAUUUUUUAAAAUGUGUUUUGAGCAACUUCGUGUUUGUUACGUGUGGGACGCUCUUGAUGAAAUUUCUCCUGAUUAUUUGAAAAACGUGCCAGAUUUGAUUGUUCUGUUAUCAAAUCAGGGUUUCACACAAUGGGCUACUGGUAGAAAACACUUGAAAUCUUCGCUUGAAAAAAAAUUUAACACCCUUUCGUUGAGUAUAAAUCAAUUCAAUGAGCGCGAACAACAAGUUUACAUUAGAAAACGUCUCAAUCCUAUUAUUUCAUCUGACAAUUUAGAAGGUGCCGUUCGAAAAGUUAUCUCUAGUUUUGCUUUCAUAAAACAUAUAGACAUUUUAGGAAUUCCAAUUCAGAUUUUUAUGCUCACAGAAAUAGUUGUUCGAAAUAACGACAAAUAUUUAAAAUUGGUUGGUGAUGGUUGGCGCUUGACCGAUUUAUAUCAUCACUUCAUUGAAGAAAAAUUCAACAUUUUCUAUCAAAAUAAAUUGUCUGUGAAUGUUCAGGAUCCUUUUUUGAAGCGUAUGUUUAGCAGAGACAAAGAAAAAAUCUUAAACCAUUACGAAGAAGUUGCAAUUGGCUUGUUAUUUCCGAAGCUUUCAAAUUUUAAUUGUCAAGAAAAUAUAGACCACACGUCUGACGAUUACACAUCCAUCGGUAUUAUAACUAGUUUCCAAAAUAACAAACCGGUUUUUUUACAUAAUUCUUUUGCGGAAUAUUUGGCUGCUUCGUAUUUUUCAAAGAAUUUUGGGGUUAUACCUAAGGAGAAAUUUUUUAAACGGAAAUUUAACAACGUACGAUUUUUCUUUGACAUGUUGUUGGCAAAAAAGUCACCACUUCACACUGCAGUCUUGUACAGGAACUUUGACGUCCUGAAAAGAAAUAACGAAGAAAUAUUGGCGUGUAAAGAUGCCGGUGGAAGAAGUGUUCUACAUUUGAUUUGCUCGUGGGGAAAAAGAUAUUCACGCCUAAAACUAGAGAGUUCUAGAACAAAUAAAAAAAAAAUUAUUUCUUUGCCCAGACAAUUGUCUUUUUCGAAAAAGUUACCUAAGAUGAGACACACUCUCAAUGUCAAGGAUAAAGUUUUUAAAGGAGAAUUAGAAACGAGGGAAUAUCUAGACGGGGUGCAACAUUUGUUAAAAAAAUGUAGUAUUUCAGAACCGGAUGGACUAUUUGAAAUGACGCCGUUUUUAUUUGCUAAAGUCAGCCAAAGUUUAGGUGCGGAACUGGAAUUGUUACAGUCAGGAAAGUUAAACCCAUCAGAGCAUCUAAUGUAUAAUCAAUGUGACAGAAUCAAUAUUUUGUUUUAUUCUAGUCGGUUCGGCUAUGAUGAAGCAAUUAAAACUGUUUGUACUAAGGAAUUAAAGGGUUAUAAGGACGAAGUAAAUUUUAGUUGUCAACAGUCUGGUGUCACAGCCCUUAUAGUAGCCUCAGCGAACGGGCAUCUAGCAACAGUUGAACAUUUGUUGCAACUCGGCGCAGAGGUCAAUUGUGCUGACAAAUCUGGUCAAACGUCGCUUUACGCAGCUUGCUCGAACGGCCACGGAAAAGUUCUUGAAUGUUUGGUGAAUUCUGGUGCCGAUAUACAUCAUAGUGAUAUUUGUGGUCAGACCUCUCUUCACGUAGCUUCCUCGAACGGCCACGAAAAUAUAGUCGGACGACUGGUGGAUUGCGGAGCCGAAAUCAAUCGCGCUGACAAUGACGGUUUGACACCGCUUCACGUAGCUUCUUCGAAGGGUCACCACAAAGUUGUCGAGUCUUUGGUCAAACGCGGGGCCAAAGUCAAUCAGGCUAAUAAUGAUGAUCGGACACCGCUUCACCUAGCAUGCUUGAACGGCCACGAAAUAGUUGUCGAAAGCUUGACAAAAUGCGGAGCCGACGUCAAUGUUGUUUCUAAGCAUGGUUUUACGCCGCUUGAUACCGCCAUUUUGAUGAAUCACGGUAAAAUAGUCAAGUUUUUGGAAGAAGAAUGUGCAAUAAAAACUUUAACUUAUGACAUAGAUAAUUGUUGAUUAGAAAUGUUGUACAUGGCAAAAUUGUCAUACUAGACAAUUUGGCAAAAUCGAAUUUUAUAAUUUUUCCACGAAGCUUGGACAAGAACAAAACAGUUUUGAUUGACAUAAUAUUUGAGUAUCUGAAGCAAAAUGUUUUCCAUUUAAAAAUAAAAUCGUCGAAUGCUUUUCAUUAGUCGAUGAAAUAAAUAAUAGGAGGAAAUCGUUUUGAUCAA